AUGGAAUACGAACCCCAGACUCCGCAGUAUCUCACCUCCGACAAGUCCAGCUUCGCCUCCGUCUCGGCCCAUGAACGCUGGCCCGUCAUUCUGACUGGUGCGAUUGAUGAUCUGCACCGCAGCGUCGCCGAUGUAACCGACGAGGAGAAGCGUCAGGAAGGAAAAGCCAUCAUCGGAAACCUCGCAGCGUUCAAAUAUGAGCUGCAGCACAACAGGCAGUUGACCCCCCUCCCCGACGAUGGCCAGCCCGACAUUGCGACGUACAACCAGGAGCUGGAGCAGCGGGGAAACCCUUCAUGGCACAACGUCGCAUGGCUCUACUCAGAAUGCUACCUCUACAGACGUCUGAGCACCUUCUUCUCCCUCUCUAAGCACUGGAAGGGCUAUGACGUGUUCGCCCGCCAGAAGAUGUCCACCUUCAAGUCCUCGCGGCCCGCCGUCCUCGAACUCGCCGCACGAUACAAGGAACUGGCCGAGGAGGCCAGCAAGGGCACAGACGGCAAGACCCCAGAGCAGAUCGAGCAAUCCGACCGUAUCCUCUUCUCCGAGAUGUGCGAGAUCUGCCUCUGGGGCAACGCCACCGACCUCUCCCUCCUCACCUCCCUCACCUACGAAGACAUCCAGAAGCUCCAGGGCUCCGAAGCCCGCAAGGCCUCGGAGAAGAACAUCCUCGUCAACGACCUCGACGCCUCCUUCGACGUGCUGCACCAGGCCCGUCGCGACCGCAAGAACCUGGACCGCCGCGUCGACAUCGUCCUCGACAACUCCGGCUUCGAGCUCUUCGUCGACCUCAUCCUCGCCGGCUACCUCCUCUCCGCCGGCCUCGCAACCACCGUCGUCCUCCACCCCAAGAACAUCCCCUGGUUCGUCUCCGACGUCACCCCUCCAGACUUCGCCGCCCUCAUCGCCGCCCUCUCCGACCCGCAAGCCUUCUACACUACCCCCGACGAGUCCGGCAAGACCUUCGACCCCCUCUCAGAGAAGGAAGUCUCCGAAGUCAAAUUCCUCUUCGACCACUGGGGCCACCUCCACGCCGAAGGAAAACUAAUCAUCCGUCCGCACUCCUUCUGGACCACCCCGGGGAGUUACUGGCGCAUGCCAUACGUAGCCCCGGACCUCUUCAACGACCUGAAAGAGAGCGAAUUGGUCUUGUUCAAGGGUGACUUGAACUACCGCAAGUUGACCAACGAUGCCGCAUGGGCCCCCACAACCCCCUUCACAGAAGCCAUCGGCCCACUGGGCCCGCAAUCCGGCGUCCGCGUAAUGGCCUUCCGCACCUGCAAGGCCGACGUGGUGGUUGGUCUGCCCGAGGGUGUGGAUGAAGAGCUCCGCCAGCUGCCCAAUGGUGGGGGCGACGAGGCGAGGAAGUGGGCGUGGAGUGGGAAGUGGGCUGUUGUGUCGUUUUGUGAUGGGAAGGCUUAG